AUGGAAGCUCAAAAUGAGGCUCGAAGCAAGGUGUUUAAUGAUCCCAUCCACGGGCAUGUGGAGUUGGACCCACUUCUCAUCAAAAUCAUUGACACCCCUCAGUUCCAGAGACUUCGAAAUAUCAAGCAGCUUGGAGGGGGCUACUUUGUUUACCCAGGAGCAUCCCACAACCGCUUUGAACACUCCAUUGGAGUGGGGUACUUAGCAGGACAGCUUGUAGAAGCUCUGCAGACAAGGCAGCCGGAACUUAAUAUCGAUGAAAGAGACAUCCUUUGCGUGAAGAUAGCUGGUCUUUGCCAUGACCUGGGACAUGGGCCCUUUUCCCAUCUGUUUGAUCAAGCAUUCAUCCCCAAAGCACGUCCAGGAGUGGAGUGGAAGCAUGAGAUGGCGUCCGUACACAUGUUUGAUCACGUUGUGGAAAGUAUUGAUCUGAAGCUGGAGGAGUACGGCCUGGUGCUGCCUGGGGAUGUGACCUUCAUCAAGGAGAUGAUUUCACCUGAGUACACUGAGCCACUGUCUAAAGCCACUUAUGUCUUGUCAUCUUCACAGGGGCCAUAUAAAGGUCGCAGCAAGGACAAGUCCUUCCUUUAUGAAAUUGUGGCCAACAAAAGAAAUGGUGUUGAUGUGGACAAGUUUGACUACUUUGCCAGGGACUGCCACCACCUGGGAAUCCAGAACAACUUUGACCAUCGCCGCUUUCUACAGUUUGUUAGAGUGUGUGAGGUGGACGGGCAGAAGCACAUCUGUACUAGAGACAAGGAGGAGGACAAUAUGUAUGAAAUGUUCCACACAAGGAUGAGUCUCCACAAAAGCGCGUACCAGCACAAAGUGAACAAGAUCAUAGAGACAAUGAUCACAGAGGCCUUUUUAAAGGCAGACGAGCACAUCCAGAUUGCAGGCUCAGGAGGGAAGAUGUUAACUCUCUCUACAGCCAUAGAUGACAUGGAGGCCUACACCAAGCUGACAGAUCAUGUGUUUGAACAAAUACUCAACUCUUCCUCCCCCCAGCUGGAUGAGGCGAGGCAGAUUCUACGCAAGAUUGUCACUCGAGACCUCUACAAGUUUCUGGGAGAAAUUGAGAAUCCCACCCAGGUGUGCACGUGUGAGAUGAUUCCCCUUUGGAAGGAGGAAUUGGCUCAAGAGCUCCUUCAGAGUAGAGAAGGUCUGACACCAGAGGACUUUGAAGUCCAGAAAAUUACUAUAGACUAUGGAAAGAGUGAUAGGAACCCCGUGGAGUACAUAUAUUUCUACAGCAAGUAUGACCCUACCGAGGCAUUCAAGAUGAAGUCUUAUCAGGUGUCUGAGUUUCGCCGAAAGUACUUUUCUGAGCAAACAUUCAGGUUUUACUGUAAGAAGACCGACGACAACACUCUGAAGGCUGACAGGGAGCAUUUUGACCAGUGGUGCCGAAGAAAAGGGUUUUCCAAAGCAUCAGGUAAUAUUUAG